GAUUCUUCACGGCUGCUUUGGAAGUCCAUACUUCAGGAAAAGUAUAAGUAGGAGCCCAAUUUGAAGGGAAGAAAUCUAAACAGAAUUAAGGUGUCAGGUACUGAGAGAGAGAGAGUGCACCCUCAGACUGACACCAGUGCUGGCUUUAAGGGAAGGGGCCAACAGAUUUUUUUUUUUUUACCAACAGUCAGCCAGGUCGGAGGUAAGACAAAACAGGUCACCAGAAAGAAGAAAAGCUACUGUGGUUUUGGGGUUUUUGUUUUGUUUUGUUUUGUUUUGUUUUGUUUUUAAGCUUUAAAUGAUUCUUCAAUACUGACCAGUAGCCGCAAGCUCAUUGCUCCCGAGGACUCUUUCUGGCGUCUAGCAUGAAGCCACCCUCUUGUUAACCAGAGAGAAAACCCAGCGCUCAGGUGUGUAAGCCUUUCCCGGCUCUUCUUCGAUGGCCAUAACACUAUGCUGCUCAACCUCACCUAAGGCAAAAGUCAAGCAGCCCAGCUUUCUGUGGAAACUGGGUGCAGCCACCCUGCUUCUCUGCUCCCGAGACCAAAGAGGACUAACUCUUGGAAGCCAGGGAAGGUGUGUGAAGUCUUCCUGGACGGAGAGGGGAGCGUAGCGCAGAACAGAAGAGGACGCCAUUGAGGACUCGAUCCAGGAUCCAGACAGGUCCACCAUGGGCUUGCUGCAGGGCCUUCUCCAAGCGAGGAAGCUGCUAUUGGUCAUCUGUGUGCCGCUGCUGCUGCUGCCUCUGCCCACCAUCUACCCCACCAGCGAAGCUGCGUGUGCUUACGUGUUGCUUGUGACCGCUGUGUACUGGGUGUCUGAGGCCGUGCCUCUCGGAGCUGCAGCCCUCGUGCCUGCCUUCCUCUACCCGUUCUUCGGUGUUCUCCGAUCCAGUGAGGUGGCGGCUGAGUACUUCAAGAACACCACGCUGCUGUUGGUGGGCGUCAUCUGUGUGGCAGCAGCUGUGGAGAAGUGGAAUUUACACAAGCGCAUCGCCCUGCGCAUGGUCUUGAUGGCGGGAGCCAAGCCUGGCAUGCUCCUGCUGUGUUUCAUGUGCUGUACCACCAUGCUGUCCAUGUGGCUCUCCAACACCUCCACCACCGCCAUGGUGAUGCCCAUCGUGGAGGCGGUGCUGCAGGAGCUCAUCAACGCUGAGGAGGAACAGCUGGCAGCCGGCACUGAGGAGGCUGAGCUCAUGGGUCUUGAUGUAAACAACAGACAGACGUCCAUGGAACUCAUCUUUGUCAAUGAAGACACGUCGGCUGCAGACUUCACUUCUCUGAUGCAGAGCAAGAAUCUGAAUGGUGUGCCCAUGGUCACCAAAUCCAUCAACACAGCAAACCAACAGCAACAGAAGAAGCAGCAGCCGUCACAGGAAAAGCCAGGAGUCCCAACCCCCAGCUCCAAGACCCAAGAACUGAACAAGAAGAAGUACAGAUCCCACCAUGACCAAAUGAUCUGCAAGUGCCUUUCUCUGAGCAUUUCCUAUGCUGCCACCAUUGGUGGCCUGACCACCAUCAUAGGCACCUCCACCAGCCUCAUUUUCUUAGAGCAUUUCAACAACCAGUACCCGGCGGCAGAGGUGGUGAACUUCGGAACCUGGUUCCUCUUCAGCUUCCCCAUCUCGCUCAUCAUGCUGGUGGUCAGCUGGUUCUGGAUCCACUGGCUCUUCCUGGGCUGCAACUUCAAAGAGACCUGCUCUCUGAGCAAGAAGAAGAAGACCAGGAGGGAGGAGCUAUCAGAGAAGAGGAUCCGGGAGGAAUAUGAGAAGCUAGGAGACAUUAGCUACCCUGAGAUGGUGACCGCCUUUUUCUUCAUUCUGAUGACGGUGCUGUGGUUUACCCGGGAGCCCGGCUUUGUCCCUGGCUGGGAUUCUUUCUUUGAAAAGAAAGGCUACCGCACUGAUGCCACAGUCUCUGUAUUCCUUGGCUUCCUGCUUUUCCUCAUUCCAGCAAAGAAGCCCUGCUUUGGGAAAAAGAGUGAUGGAACAGGCCAGGAAGCCUCCAAAGGGAUAGAGCCCAUCAUCACGUGGAAGGACUUCCAGAAAACUAUGCCCUGGGAGAUUGUCAUUCUGGUGGGAGGAGGCUACGCCCUGGCUUCUGGCAGCAAGAGCUCUGGCCUCUCCACAUGGAUCGGGCACCAGAUGCUGUCCCUGAGCAGCCUCCCGCCAUGGGCUAUCACCCUGCUGGCGUGUGUCCUGGUGUCCAUUGUCACGGAGUUUGUCAGCAAUCCAGCCACCAUCACCAUCUUCCUGCCCAUCCUUUGUACCCUGUCCGAAACGCUGCACAUCAAUCCACUGUACACCCUGGUCCCCGUUACCAUGUCAAUCUCCUUCGCUGUGAUGCUGCCCGUGGGCAACCCCCCCAACGCCAUCGUCUUCAGCUACGGGCACUGCCAGAUCAAAGACAUGGUGAAAGCCGGUCUGGGAGUCAAUGUCAUCGGUCUGGUGAUCGUGAUGGUGGCCAUCAAUACUUGGGGAGUUAGCCUCUUCCACUUGGAUGCUUUCCCAGCCUGGGCUAAGGUCAGCAACAUCACUGAUCAGACCUAACGCGAGCGGACAGUUACCAAGCACAGCCAGAGCUAAGCCUUGGGCCGAGAAAACCACCAGAAGCAUAAACCCCAGACCCACAUGGAGGCUAUUCCCGCCGCCAGAUCCCGCCAACCGCCACCGGGCGCAUUGGCUGUGUCUCCCUCCCAGCCUGCCUGCUUUUCUUACCACCAACUCUCAAGAAAGCCUACAGCUGCUCUCUCUUCCUGUGUCCAGCUCUCUCUUUUUGAAGACCAGAAAACACUGUAAGCCUUGGUGCCCUGAGAGGAAACCUCACAAACUGACCGGCAUCACUAGGUUUUGUGUCACCUUCCUAGGAAUCAGAGCUAGCCAGAGCACUCUGCCUGUCAGACCAUGAGACCUGUGACCUCUCUUCUGGGAGAAAACCUCACCCAUGUUCUCAAGCAUUUCUGUCCUAUCUCUAGAAAAGGUAACCUGUCUCUCUUCAGUGGUCCCCCUACCUCGGCACCAAAUUCCUGAAAAGAAAUAAUAUUCUCCUUCAGAAGGAGGCUGGCCUGAUUCCACCAAAGGAAAGAGAUGGAAACAAACCAACCAACCAUCCUGAGGUCAGCUUCUCUAUGCACUGUCAUUAACAGGAGAUUCUAUUGUGUUGUGUGUGGUGAGAGGAAAAAGGUUCAUACCUGUCUUAUUAGGAAGACCACAACUACAAUUAAGACCACAGUAUUAACUGAUAUUACAUCUACUUCUCCAUUUAAUAACUAGCUUGUUUCUGAGAAAACCAAGUUCUAAGUGGUACCCAAAGGUGUUGCCAGUCCUUCCUAUGCAUCCACGAGCCCUUUGAGGGGAGAGAUGUGCCUUGGGUUCUUUACAAUGUAUUAAACUCUAACUGCUCAAUAAAUGUCUCUGAUGACUACUGC